ACUUAUGGAUUCGAUGAACAGCUAUUUAUAGCUUCUUAGUCAACGCAACUCUCACAAGGUCUCAUAAGAAUCUUCCAGAUUAAAUCGGGAUGAUGGCAGGAUGCUGACUAAGCCCCACGCAUACAUUUUCCCCUCCAGCCCGGUUAAGCAUUGAUUUUUCUGUUCGCUGGAUGACAAGUGUUAAUUGUGUUAGUCUCUCAAGCAGAGCGCGUGCGCUGCGUCGUCGUACACUCUACAUGCGCCAAGGCAAAACGAAAGGGUAACUUGGUUGUGGGCCGUGCUCAAAAGUGAAAAUAUCGACCCCUCUUUGAUAAUGAACGUCAAUCUUGCUUCCAUCGCUAUCAUCCAACCUUCGACUUUGAUCGCCUUUCACGAAAAUGGAUGAACACUAUGAUGCAAUCAUUCUCGGAACGGGUUUGACAGAAUGUGUCUUGUCCGCUCUUUUAUCAGUAGACGGAAAAAAGGUUUUACACAUGGACAGAAACCCUUAUUAUGGUGGAUCGGGUGCUUCUUUGAAUUUGACACAAUUAUACGAAAAGUUCCGUCCAGGCAAAGAGCCACCAACCGAUAUCGGUCGUGAUCGUGAUUAUGCAGUUGAUUUGAUUCCUAAAUUCAUGAUGGCAAACGGUGAAUUGACAAAGAUGUUAGUUCAUACGGAUGUUACACGUUAUUUGGAAUUCAAGCAAAUCGCAUCAUCUUAUGUCUUUCGUGAUGGCAGGAUCGCAAAAGUACCUUCAACAGAAAUGGAAGCCGUUCGUAGUUCUUUGAUGGGAUUGUUCGAAAAAAGACGUGCAAAGCAAUUCUUUGAAUUCAUUCAAAAUUGGAAAGAUGAUGAUCCAGCAACACAUCAAGGAUUCGAUUUGGAUACCACACCAAUGACAAAGAUCUACGACUAUUUCAAGCUCGAAGGUGGAACGAGAGAUUUCAUCGGACAUGCGAUGGCACUGUACUUGGAUGAAUCUUACAUGCAAAGACCUGCUCGUGAAACAUACGACCGCAUCAUUCUUUACACCUCUUCUAUGGCCCGAUAUGGAAAGUCACCAUAUAUCUACCCUCUUUACGGUAUGGGUGAAUUGCCCCAAGGAUUUGCACGUCUCAGUGCUAUCUAUGGAGGUACCUACAUGCUGGACAAGCAGAUCGAUGAGAUCGUGCUCGAUGAGGAAACAGGAAAAUUCGUCGGUGUUCGCUCAGGCGAUGAAACUGUGAAGGCCGAUAUGUUGAUCGGAGAUCCAAGCUACUUCCGCGAGAAUGUAGGAGGGCAAGGAGCAAACAAGAAGGAAAAAGUUCGUGAGACAGGUAAAGUUGUUCGUGCGAUCUGCAUCCUCAAACAUCCUAUUCCAAACACAGACAAUACCGAUUCAGUUCAACUAAUCAUUCCUCAAAAUCAAGUCGGACGCAAGCAUGACAUCUACAUUGCAGAGGUUUCCGGUGCUCACAAUGUAUGUGCUCGUGAUGUGUAUAUUGCUCAAGUUUCAACAAUUGUGGAGACUUCUACACCAGAACUUGAAUUGCGUCCCGGUUUGGACCUCUUGGGACCAAUUUACGAUAAAUUUGUUUCCAUCUCUUCUUUGGAGGAACCCGUUGAACAAGGAGAGGCCGAUAACAUCUUUAUCACAAGAAGCUUGGACGCUACCAGUCACGUUGAAACGAUUGUUGAAGACGUUCGUGAUGUUUGGCGUCGUGCAACAAAUGGAAAAGAAUUGGUGUUGAAACAACGUUCGGCCGAUGAAGGUGCUCAAAUCCAGCAAUAAGUUCGAGCUUUCUUCCUUUUUUGUUUUCAAUCUACAGUAAUUUAUUAUCUUAUUUCAUGACAGAUCAAAGCGAGAGAAGUUAG